AUGGUGGAAGAAAGUUUAAGAGCGGUGGGAAAACAAUUCGGCAGUCUUGGACAUUCAAAGAAGAUUGCCCAGUACAUGUACGAUUCAAGGCAUCGUAGAUGGAAAUGCGUUAGAAAUAACGUCAAUUCAAACUCAGCACAAUCACUGACAUCAAGAUAUUUUGUCAAUGAUGAAUUUGCUGGCGGUAACCGCAAUCUCGCUUUUCUUCAAAUCGGAGGAGAGAAUGAAGCAAGUAGUAGUUGGGUGACCGGCGGAUCAUGGAUCACAUAUGCUCGCCAAUAUAAAGCCAUUUUGUUUGAACUCGAGCACAGAUACUAUGGUAAUAGCCAUCCGACUGUAGAUUUAAGUACUGAGAAUCUUGUAUAUCUAACAAGUCAGCAAGCAUUGGGCGACUUAGCAUUCUUCAUUGAAACUAUGAACCGACAAUACAAUCUGACUCCUGAUGUAAAAUGGAUUGUUUUCGGAUGUUCUUAUCCCGGAAACUUGGCCGCCUGGAUGCGCCUGAAGCACCCUGAUUUGGUACACGGGGCUGUAUCUACAAGUGCACCACUUCUCGCAAAAUUGGAUUUUCCAGGUAAAUUUUUAAAGUUGAGCCAUAUAUUAUGUUUAGAGCAUGUGGUUGGUUUGUCACUUACCAGAGUCGGAGUGAGGCUUUACACUCCUACACUUUACACUACUCAGGCUACACCUUCCACUCUAACCAGUCCAGUAAAUCAACGUUCAAACUUCGCAAACAGUUAUGCAUCAGCCGCUUCACAUUCUUUUCCGAAAUAUUUAGAGGAUGUAGCAGCUUCUUUUCGAGCCAGCAGCCAAACGUGUAUCAAUGCAUUACAGCAGAGUUUCGACCAAGUUCAAGUUCUUUUGCAGACUGUAGCCGGCCAAAAAAACCUUAACCAACUAUUCCAUUUGUGUGAGGAUAUAUCACUGAGCGUUAAUAAUCCUUUGGAUAUGUCCAACUUCUUCAGGAAAUUAAUUAUGGUUUUUGCUGACAUGAUUCAGUACAAUAAAAAGUUAUGGGGUUUACAGAACAUUACAACAGUAGAUUGGUUGUGUGGUAUUCUAUUAGAUCAAUCUAAUAAUGAGCCUGCAAUCAACCGUUUAGCAAAUGCUUUUAAUGUUAAUCAAAAUGGGAAUUGUUUCAGUUACAAAUAUGAUAUAGAAAUUUCUGAAUUUACGAAUACUGCUUGGGGUAGCCUUAGAAGUUUUGGAGAUCGCCAAUGGGCAUAUCAAACCUGUACAGAAUUUGGUUAUUUUCAAACUUCCGCUCAAUUUCCCCUUAGUUUCUUUAUUCAGAGAUGCCAAGAUAUUUUUAAAUCGCCCUACAAUAAAAUGUUUCUGGAUCAAGCUAUAAAUAGGACCAAUGCAUUUUAUGGUGGUUUAUCCAUUGUCAAUAAAGUAUCUAACGUUGUAUUUGUUCAGGGAACACUGGACCCAUGGCGUCUUCUGGGAAUUACAAAAAGCUUAAAUUAUAAGGCUCCUGCUAUUCUUACUAAAGGUGCUGGCCACUGCGCGAAUCUGCUUGAGCCUCAAUAUUAUGAUACUCCACAACUAAAGGCAUCUAGAGUCCAAAUAGGAGCACAUAUAGGUACUUGGAUUAAUAAUUCGUAAUCUACUUUGUAGUGAAGGUACAUUUUAAACUAAGUCUGAAGAAAAGGAGGAUAAACUGUUAAAAUAAGGCUAUGUUAAAUAUUGCUACCUAUAUCUUAAUAAAG